UUGUUACCGUAGUACCUCAGAUAUAUAAACAUUCAGAUAUUGAUUUUACCGUUAGCAAUAAACAUAUCAUGAAUAACGAGUUUAAUAAUUAAUAGUUCGUGCUAAUUUUCUCAACUUCAGUUCAACUUUUUGCUCGCAAAGAAGUUUAGAAAAAAAAAACUUCGUAGAUAAAAAGCAAUUAGGAAAAAUUCUGCCAUGUUAUCGCAAAACAGUCUUCGAAGAAAACCGUUAGUAUAUGGAGAAACAAAUAAGGAUGACGCCAAUAAGUCAGAAAACACAACAAAUGCUCCACCAACAAGACCCAACCAACCAUUAACUCUACGGAGUAGCAAAUCUUUACAAAGAAUUACAUUAAAUAACGCUUACAUGAGCAUUCCUUACCAAAAUAUUAAAAGAGAUUUUUCUUCUAAAUCGAAUCGAGAAAAUAUAGUUUAUGCUCAUAGGCCAAGUAUUGUAAAUCUUUCAGGACAGGGUUUAGAUAACGCAAAUGAAGAUAGAAAAAAGAAAGAAGACGACUCCAGAAAAGAAAACGUUACUAAGGGUGUACUAUCUCAACGGACAAUAAAUCCAAAUGUUUAUAACGAUGUUUAUUCACGACGCAUUUAUGGAAACGCAAUAAGAUCUACAGUAAGUGACAUACCAUGGACCGAAUACGCAAAAAACCGUCGGCUAAUAUACGAAUUAAACCCUGAAAAUCCAUCGUCUUACAUGAAAAAUGGACGUAUGAGUAAAGAAAAUAGCAACGAUAAGAUUUGCACAUUUUAUCAAAGUUUUGAAAGCCAAGAACCCGUUUUAAGGAUUGUUAUCAGCGAACUACGUUUUCGCGAUAUGAACGAUUUUUUAGAUGAAGUUUCAAAACUUAUUGGGCUUAGAGCGCGGGAAAGAUUUGUGCAUACUCCCAGAGGUGAUAUUGUUAAAAAUAUUAGCGAGUUUGAAGAUUUCGGAGUGUAUUUUUUUGGACCUGCUUACAUAUACGAUUUAUCAAGAUACGACAGAUUCCGAAUGCAACAUACACCUGAUCUUAUUGAUUCUGAUUUUGAAUCAGAAGCAAAAAUGGGUCCAUUGAAAGAUUCUCAAUACUUCUCAAGAGGAAGAAGAACAAGAAGAAUUAAUAUUGAAUCAAAUACUUCUCCGUCACGAAACGUCUCUCUUAUUAUUGAUGAACUGCAUCACCAAUCAAUCGAAAGUUUACUUCAAGAGUGUUCAGUAAUACUAAAUAUUCCAGGUGGAAGAGUUGAAAAGAUAUGUACACGUCGAGGAAGAAUGGUUACAAGUAUUAGUGAGUUUUUCUACGGACAAGAAGAAGACUACAUUGCCGUGAUUUCAUUUAAAAGUACAGCGAAUGAAGAACCUUAUAUUAAUUCCCAAAGGAACGAAACAUUUAAAGAUCCAAUGAGAGGGUCAUACGAUCCUUCAAAGCAAAGACGCACAUCAAUCGACUUUUUGUUAUCUGAAAAUCAAAAAAAAAUUGAGACUAGUAAAAUUAAGUCUCAAACAGAUAGAGACGAUUUUUACGGCGACAGUCGCCUUUAUAAAAAAGUUAGCAUGCAAAUUGGAGAAAAAACUAUUUCGUUUGAUCCUCCAUCUUAUAAUUUGUACAACUCAAAACCUGUUAACUCCCCAUUAGAUCACAUGGAGCUUGAAUGGAUAUACGGCUAUAACGGUAGAAAUUGCCGUAACAACAUUUUUAUUUUACCUUCAGAAGAAGUGGUUUAUUUUGUUGCAAAAAUUGUGGUCAUGUAUAACAUGACACUUAAAAAGCAGCGUUUUUAUGCAGAGCAUACUGAGGAGAUACGGUGUAUAGCACAACAUCCAAAUGCAUGGAUAUUUGCCACUGGUCAAAUAUACGGCGGAGUUGCUGGUCAUAUUCGUAUUUGGGAUUCCAAAUUAUUAUUUACACGAAAUAUCAUUAAAUUUGACGAUAUGUUAUUGUCGGUGGAAUGUUUGGCCUUCUCCCAAGGUGAUCAUGGAACCUACCUUGCUACUAUCACUACAUCAGGUCAAGAGUGGAAUCUUCAUGUGGUGCAAGAGCCAGUUCCUGAUUCUGAUGAAAUUGGGGAUUUAGAAGAACUAAAUAUUGUAUCGAGUGAUCCUUACAACGAAAUUGAGUUAGCAUUGAUGUUCGAUCCCUCGGAUAGUAACACACUGAUUUCAUGCGGUAAAAAUCAUGUUUUCUUUUGGAAUAUUUUGAGUGAUCGUCCUCAAUACGAAACAGGUCAUUUUGUAGGCUAUCAAAUUCCUGAUUAUGUCACAUGCAUAGGUUUUAACCAAAAAAAUGAAUUAAUAACGGCCGAUUCAAAUGGAUUUUUGCACCUUUGGAUUAAAGGUGAAAGAAGGACAAAUACUAUUAUCAAAACUAGCCAUACUGGAAGUAUUAUUGCAAUGCAAGUACUUUCUGGUGGGUUAGUGAUUACAGGUGGUGGUUCUGACAGAAUGUUUACUCUUGUUGAUUGCGACUCCGUCAUUCCUACAUUGGGAGAAGUUCAACUUUCUGCUCGUUAUGGUGGAAUUGUUGCAAUCAUACCAGACAAAUACGCUUUUAUAGGAUCAGACAUUGGCAAUCUUCCUUUAAUACUAGGUACAAGCACAAACAACUUACUUAUUGGUAACUUAAAAAGUGAAUUUGAAUGUCUGUUAAGAGGUCCAUGUGACAUGAAUACCGUUAUCACUAAACAUCCGAAUGAGCAAUCUUUUCUUAUGGGAGGUUCAGAUGGUAACAUAUCCUUGUGGAAAUUAGAUGACCAUACUGAAUUAUGGGAUUCAAAUAUAUCAGCUUGUUGUUGCGCGGCUGCUUUUCAUCCCUAUGCUGAGGUACUGGCAAUUGGAACUACAUCAGGUCGUUGGAUUAUAUUAGACGCUCAAAAUGCUCUUCAUUUAGCAUCAUUUCAAACCGAGCGAUCAACAAUAUCUUGUUUAUCGUUCUCGCCAGAUGGAAAGUUUAUUGCAGUCGGAAAUGAGAUGGGAAAAAUAUUUGUAUAUCAAUGUCUGGAUGAUGGAAAAACGUAUCGUUACUUAAGCUGCACCCAAAAAAAUCUUGAUUCGGCAAUUUUAUCGGUAGACUGGACCGAUAAUGGAUUAUUUUUCCGUUUUACGACUUCGUCAGCUAUUGACUACUUCAACGUCGAACAAAGAAGUUACGAACGUAGAAGAGUAAAAAUACGAGAUUUAAAGUUUGCUACACAAAAUGGGGUAAUUAGUUAUGAAACUAUGGGAAUAUGGAGAUGUUUGGAUCCUAAAACAACUUACACCUCCGGCUGUAAAUCCAAAAGCGGCGAAAUGUUUUUGGCCGGAACCAGUGAUGGAAACAUUCGAAUGUUUAACUUUCCAUGUGAUUCUUUAAUGCCACUUUUCAAUGAAGUUAACAUCCACAGUGGCGCAUUAAAACAUGUUUUAUUUACUUCGUACGAUUCUCGAAUUGUCUCGGUGGGUCAGCAAGAUUAUUGCAUCGCGCAAUGGAAACUUGUUUCAGAUAAAAACGUUGCCGAGAAAAACGAUAGUAUUAAAAGUGAAAUCGUUCCUAAUAAAACUAAACAGCCAAUCUAUGAGCUCCAAGACCAAAAACCUGAUUUAUUAGAUCAAAAGAAAGAAAAAUUAAACCCAAAAGUUCCACAAAAACCAAAAGAAAAGCCAAAAGAGACAAGACCAAAUAGACACAACAAAAGAAAUCCACUUAAAAAUAGCAAAGAUUACGAAGACAAAAAAGAUGAACAGAGUUCACUUGGUAAUGAUAAGAAUAUCCCUUCAAGUGUUGUUUCAAGUAAAGAAAAUCCAACUAAAUCGACAGCUCAAAAAGAUGAUCCAAAAAAUUCUAAAAUGUCUUCCAAAAGCUCAGUAGAAUAUGUAAUGAAACUCGCGGACGAUUAAUACGCACAUCUUGUUGGAGCAGUUAAACAUUGACAAAAAGUCAAAACUAAAUUAAUAACCAAAAAAAAAUAUUAUUCUGGUUAUAUAAAAAUCUUAUUUUGGUUUUUUUUUUAUAGCACAUUUAUUUUUUAACAAUAUUUCUUUUAAAAUUAAAGCAAAUUGAAUUUGUAUGUCAUUACAAUUAGCGCAUUUAAGUUUAAGUCUGGCCAGCAAGACUUUAAGCAGACUGUAAAUUAAGUAAUAAUAUUUUAUAGAUUUAUUUAUGUAUUACUUUUCUAUUGUUUCAGUAUAUACUAUAAUCUGUUUUAAUAAAUAGUGAAUAGUUGUAUGAAUAAUAAAAUUUGUUAAAUAAGAUAAAUAAAAUAUAAAAGUCA